AUGGAUUCGCCCAAAAAUGAGGCAACUGUAGAGGCAUAUUCUUCCAAUUCCGAUGGUAAGGAAAGUAAUAAGGGAAGCCAAAAUGAUUUAAUGGGAAAUGAUAUAAUCCAGGAAUUAGGAAUUAAAGAUUUACAUGGAAAUUUGAAAGUAGCAGUAAUUGAUUCUUCUAGUCAACUUUCAUCAACUGCUGACGAAUUUGAUGAAAAGACAAAUGCAAAUCAGAAUAUUAAUUUAAGCCAACCAUUUUCGAGAAAAGAUUCAUCGCCAGAAAGUUGGAAAACAGCAAAAAUUAAUUCUUCUCAUCUUUCAACGAAUAUUUUCGCAGAUUCUAUGAUUUUUAAAAAUGGAAACGAUGUCAUACAUCAUCAUCCAGUAUUCGUUAAAGACACAUCGAAAUAUUGGUAUAAACCAACGAUAUCAAGGGAAGAAGCAAUAAAUAUGUUGAGAGACAAACCGCCGGGCACAUUUAUAGUACGCGACAGUAAUAGUUUUCCUGGAGCAUUCGGACUUGCUCUUAAAGUUGCUACACCACCACCUGGCGUUCAUCCUGGUGACGGAACAGAAUUAGUUCGACAUUUUCUUAUUGAACCAUCGCCGAAAGGAGUUAAACUGAAAGGUUGCAAUAAUGAGCCUGUGUUUGGCACAUUAUCUGCCUUAGUUUACCAACAUUCAAUAACCCCACUCGCUCUACCAACUAAAUUACUUCUUCCCGAUUAUGAUCCCGCGACUACUCCUGAACAUAUUAGUGCUGCGCAGGCAUUGCUUCAACAAGGAGCAGCUUGUAAUGUUACAUACAUUACAUCGAUAGACACCGAAUCAUUAACGGGUCCGGAAGCAGUUCGUCGAUGCAUUAGCGAAGCUUUUGAUUUACAUAAACAAAGAAUGAUUCAACCCGUCUCCGUUCAUUUUAAGGUAUCUGCUCAAGGAGUUACGAUAACAGACAAUACUCGACGCCUUUUUUUCAGGCGGCAUUAUCCUGUUCAAUCUGUAAUUUUCGCUGGCAUUGACCCUUCCGAGCGAAGGUAUAUAUUUAAUGCCCGAAUAUUUGCAUUCGUUGCUCGUAAGGUAGCAUCACGAAGUGAUAAUGCAUGUCAUAUAUUUGCUGAGUUAGAACCUGAACAACCUGCUUCCGCUGUUGUGAAUUUUAUUACUAAAGUUAUGAUGGCAAAGAGGAAUUGA